AUGCAAUGUUUUCUGUGCGAAAAGCCCUCCAGCCCCCAUCAUGGGAAGCCCAUAGGUCGGCGGUGCAUCAAAUGCAACGACUCCUAUUGUAUUUCUUGCACUAUUGACGAUUGCCGAAACAUUCCCUGUUCUGAGCAUCACUCAUGUUGGAACGAGCACAUCGAGCAAUUCACAAAUGAGAAGCUCAAAGCUCUUCAUCAACCAGCCAACCCGACAGCAGAAAUGUUCAUCAGGGCCAUCACCUGUUCCGGCCUUGAUGAUGCUCAAAUCAAAGCACUCCAUGGCCACGAUAAGCUUGCGCGCUGGUUUAGCGUCAAGAAGGGAAAAGAAGAAGAUGACAAGCCGGAACUCUGGCUGUACGACCGGUUUCGACGUCUUUGCGACCCUCAUCAAACUGGAAACAGGAUCACAGGGAACCAUUAUCCGAGCAUCGUGUCGUUCAUUGGAAAUACAUAUGCUGGGAAGUCCACAGUCGUUAGGGCAAUGCUUCUACUCGGACUAGCCGAGCAGAGAGCAGGAAACUCCUCGGACGCCUUGGGUCGAGAGAACGCGUUGUACAACCUGUUACAAAGCGUCUUGGACCGCCCUGAGAAGCACGAGUUGCCAGUCUCACAGGGCGGCGACGAUCCCGCUACCUUUGGAGUCCACCUUUAUCGCAACAACAUCACCACUCAACCAGAGCCGUCGCCAGAUCCUCAAUACCCCCUACUUUUAGCUGACUGUGAAGGGUUCACAGCCGAUUUUGCUCUCACCAACGCUGAGAAGGCCGUCCCGGACACAGAAGAUCCUGACGAGCAGGUGGAAACGAGAACCAUCAAGGCUGACGACUACGGCAGAGGCAAAGCAGGGAUUGACCUGUUUUACGCCCGGUUUCUCUACGCUGUCAGUGACGUUGUUGUGUUUGUCACGCAGAAUCCCAAAACCAAAGGACACGACUUUCCUCGGAUCCUCGAGUGGGCUGCCGGAGCAAUGCUCAAGACUUUCAACCAACCGUCUGGCAAGACAUUGAUCGUUGUUCGCAACAAGUACACCCCAGACAAAAAGGACAGCACGCCGGAGAUGCUGAAACAAGAGUUUCUGGAGUCGCAGAGCCCAAGCCUGUGGAAGAGGACCGGAGUGAUUGCCACUUUUGUCGAGCGCUUCAACGCGUCCACGAGCUUGGGGUUGAUGAUCAGGAGUAAUAACGAUCUAUAUCGUCAGCUCUUCCGCAGCAUUCACCUUUGCUACAUCCCUGACAACAACCAUGUCGACAACCAUGGCAAGCCAGAGAAGCUUCUUGAGCAUUUCGGAAACCUCAAGCGUGUUCUUGAUCGUGCGGUUGUCGAGGAGCGGGAUAUCAGAGCGGAGAGCUUGACCCGGUACAACGUCGCUGGGCUUUCUCUCUUUCUGUCCAACACAUUUCGACAUUUUUCCGAGUCGAGCACACCUCUCGACUUUUACAAGGCCACCUGUCGCCACAAUCACACACCCACCAAUCUCAGGGAACAUAUUGCCAACUUUUUGCGGCUGGCGUAUGACCGUGAAAACAGGGUGAACAACAACCAGCUUGCUGGUAUGGACCGCAUGAUUGAGAAUGUCAUCGCUUUGUCUCUCUUGAUCCUCGCUCGGAGACGGGACUCUGCCACUUUUACCCCCGAGAUCAAAUUCGAUCAGGACUUGAGGAAGUACUGGGAUGGCGGGCUGGCCUUGUACCAGCUCUUGCAUGAGCAGUGCUCUUACACCUUCCUGAACUCACAAGGCGCUCUGACUCCAUAUAGCUGUCAAGUCCGGGGGCACGGUGGCAAGCGAGGCAAACACCAACAGCACGUCCCUCCCCCGUCCGGUCCCGGCCACAGACACAACCUCCAGCCGGUACCGGGCGACUUUGUCCCCGGUCACGACUGGAACAGAGACGUCUGGCGCCAGCGCAUACGAGCUCGGUUCUGCGAGUUAUACCGCAAAGUGUACCGCUCCCCCCUUCCUCCCCACCAAGACAGCUACGAACCCCAACCCGCCGGACAGUUCCAGCCACAACAACAACAACAACUCCAGCUCCGAGACCGCGAGUUCAACCAUCACGGCAACCAACAAGUCGACACCUCCAUCCUCAAACUCCGCCGCGAACUUACCCCCCAGAACAAACCCCUCUUCACCCAACUCCUCUCCACCAAAACCUGCCUCUCCUGCCUCCUCUCCUCCCCCGACCACGCCUUAUCGUGCGGCCACGCCUUUUGCCCCCGCUGCAUCCAAGAGCUCUCCACCCCCUCCCGCUGGAAAGCCGCCGCAUUCGAAUUAGACUCUUGCAUCCUCUGCGACGGCCAGGACGGGCACCAAACCAUCCAGCUCAAACCCCGCUGCUCCGGCGUCCGCAUCCUCACCCUCGACGGCGGCGGCGUCCGCGGCAUCGUCGAGCUCGCCCUCGUCCAGGCGCUCGAGCAGGAGAUCGGCCUGACAAACGUCCGGCUGGCCGAGAUGUUUGACCUCAUCGUGGGGACCAGCACAGGAGGGAUCGUUGCUCUCGCGCUGACCUUUCCGGGGAAGCUCCCUUCCGACCCUGCCGCCGUCGCUUCUUCCCCGUUGGCGAGGCGGGGCAGCGGGAUCGAUACCAGGAUGCAGGACAUGAUCGCCUUUUUCAGCAAGAUCUCCACCGCGACGUUUGAGAACUCGCGGCUUGGGUGGCGGGCGCUGACGAGGGGGGCGAUGGUUUUCAGGAGGGUGGAGAGUGUGUAUAGCGAUCGGCCCUUGCGGUCGGGGUUGGAGCAGUACUUUGGGGACAAGACUAGCCUUUUUGCGCCAACAUUCAACAGCGAGAGGGUGCUGGCUUCUGGUGCGCUUGGGUCGGGGGUGAGGGUUGCGGUGACGAGCACGAGGGAUGAUGGGGAUACGGAGGUUGUGAUUGGGAAUUAUAACAGGCCUUUGACUACCUCUGCCACUGACAGUGUUGGUGGUGGUAGCAGCAGAUCUGGUUUUGAAAGGGAGGAUGAUUUGGAGAAGGAUUUCAAAAUCUGGGAGGCGGCUAUGGCCACCGCGGCGGCGCCGUUUUAUUUGCCAGUGUUCAAAAGAGAAUGGGGGGUGGGGGGGCAGGAGUACAUUGACGGGGCGGUUUACGCCAACUGUCCGGCACGAGUGGCGAUGGAUGAAAAGACAAAGAUUUGGUCUCGGGAGAGUGGGGAGGGGAACGGGGUGGUGCUUGAUGCGCUGGUGUCGCUCGGGACGGGGAAACAAGGCCCAAAAUCGGACAAGAUGCCUUUUGCGAGCAACUUCAGGGGGUUUACUGCCUUGCAGAAAAUGAUAAAACGGCAGCUGGACACGGAGAGAUUAUGGGAGGGGGUGGUGGAGGGGGCGGAGCGGUCGCAAAGGGGGAGGUUGAUGAGGCUGAACCCGGAACUGAAGCCAAAAUAUGUGCAGCUUUAUCAGUGUGAGGAGGUGCCGAGGUUGUUGAAGGAAACAGGGGAGUGGGCGGGGGUUGGUGGGCAGGGAAGGGACAAGAUCAAGAAUGUGGCGAGGGUGUUGAUGGCGGGCAUGUUCUUUUUCGAGGUACCAGACUCUUAUUCUCCAAGGUCUACUUUGUCUCAUCAGCAGGCGUCAGGCGGACCGGAUGGGAGGUUGCUUCGGGGAGCGGUGCGGUGUCGGUUGAGGCAUCAGGCGCCAGCUGUGGGCGAGCUGCUGAGGAAGGUGACGAGGUUUUAUCACACAGAGCUGACGACUGAGGAAGCAGCCGAGGAGGAAAAGAGCUUGGCAUCGGCGGAUAGACAAUGGAGGACUCUGACUGACAUCACCAGCGGGUCCGUCAAUCCGAGGGAUAUGGUCAGAGUGAGGGAGUGCAAUCCAGACGGAACGGGGAUAGAACAGUUCAGGCUUGACUUUGAGUUGCGUGUCAGAGACAAGGCAGCUUUGCAGGCCAUUGUGGUUGAAUUCCAGGCCGACGACGAGAGUGACGCAAGGAGCAUCAACCAGCAGGAAAAUGAACGUGGCAGAGGGAAACGACUUGCGAUUAGCGGGUUUCCUGUCACGCUCGCGGACCUGAAUGCAAGGGGACAAAGGAUGUGGCUACAGUGA